GGACGGUCAGAGCAGCGGAGGGACUCUGAGGGAAAGGAGCCAUGGCCGGGUCGGAGCUGGACGGCGGCGAGGGUCCGCAGCCCCCCGAGGACUCGGAGCUGGCCCUGGCCGGCAUCAACAUGCUCCUCAACAACGGCUUCCGAGAGUCGGACCAGCUCUUCAGGAAAUACAGAAACCAUAGCCCAUUAAUGAGUUUUGGAGCCAGCUUUGUGAGUUUUUUGAAUGCCAUGAUGACCUUUGAAGAAGAAAAAAUGCAGUUGGCAUGUGAUGACUUAAAAGCUACUGAAAAACUAUGUGAAAGUGAAGAAAUAGGUGUUAUAGAAACAAUAAAAAAUAAAAUUAAGAAAAAUGUUGAUGGUCGAAAGGCUGCCCCUUCCAUGAUUGAUCGACUGCAGAGGCAGAUCAUUGUAGCAGAUUGUCAGGUUUACCUUGCUGUCCUCUCCUUUGUAAAACAAGAAUUGUCAGCUUAUAUAAAAGGUGGGUGGAUCCUUAGAAAAGCCUGGAAAAUCUACAAUAAGUGCUAUACAGAUAUUAAUACACUUCAGGAAUUGUAUCAGAAGAAGAUAACUCAAGAAUCCUUGACUUCUGAUGCUGCAAAUGAUAAUCAUAUUACUGCAGAAGGUGUAACAGAGGAUUCGCUAAACAGACUGAAAGGUGCCGUUAGCUUUGGAUAUGGACUUUUUCAUCUUUGCAUAUCCAUGGUGCCCCCAAACCUGCUCAAAAUCAUCAACCUGCUGGGUUUUCCUGGAGACCGGCUGCAGGGGCUUUCUUCACUGAUGUAUGCAAGUGAAAGUAAGGACAUGAAGGCCCCUUUAGCUACACUAGCUUUGCUGUGGUACCACACAGUGGUUCGUCCUUUUUUCGCUUUGGAUGGCAGUGAUACCAAAGCAGGAUUACAAGAGGCUAAAGAGAUUCUUCACAGAAAAGAAGCUGCUUAUCCGAACUCAUCUCUCUUUAUGUUCUUCAAGGGAAGAAUACAGCGUUUAGAGUGUCAGAUCAACAGUGCCUUGACAUCAUUUCAUACUGCUUUGGAACUUGCAACUGAUCAGAGAGAGAUUCAGCAUGUCUGCCUAUAUGAAAUUGGAUGGUGUAGCAUGAUUGAAAUGAAUUUCAAGGAUGCAUUUGAAUCCUUCGAGCGUCUUAAAAAUGAAUCAAGAUGGUCCCAGUGUUACUAUGCCUAUUUAACAGCAGUGUGUCAAGGUGCCACUGGUGAUGUGAAUGGUGCACAGAAUGUUUUCAAGGAAGUUCAGAAGCUAUUUAAAAGAAAAAACAAUCAAAUUGAGCAGUUUUCAGUCAAAAAGGCAGAUCGAUUUAGGAAACAAAAACCAACCAAACAACUCUGUAUAUUGGCAUCCAUUGAAGUACUGUAUUUAUGGAAAGCUCUUCCAAACUGUUCCUUCACCAACCUACAGCACAUGAGUCAAGCUUGCCAAGAAGUUGAUGAUUCUACUGUUGUUGGUUUGAAGAACCUGCUGCUUGGUGCCAUACAUAAAUGCUUAGGAAAUGCCGAAGAUGCUGUUCAGUUCUUUCAACAAGCCCUUAAGGAUGAACUGUGUCGCCAAAACAACUUGUACAUUCAGCCAUAUGCUUUCUAUGAACUAGGUUGUCUUUUAUUAGAAGAUGCUCAGACUGUCCCAAGAGGGAAAACCUUACUGCUUCAGGCAAAGGAGGAAUUCACAGGGUAUGAUUUUGAGAACAGGUUGCAUGUCCGCAUACAUGCUGCUUUGGCAUCUCUGAAAGAAGUGGUCCCCCAGUGAAGAACCGGAAGCCUCACUUCUUCUAUUCUUAUGGUUUCUAUACUCUCAGAACAAAGCUAUUAUGGAGGCCAACUUCUCACCUGAAAAACCACCUGUGCCAGAGAAGAUUUCCACAACAUGUAGAACUGGUGGCAGAAGAACAUUCCAGUCUCAACAAUUAAGGACAAAAUUAGCCCAAAAGAUUAAGUGACAUUGGGCUCAAUCCAAUAGCUGCUUCUCCUGUACAAGCCCUGUUUAAAUAAGUGAGAGCUAGAAGAUAUGCUGAUGUUUAGCCCCCACUAGUCAGUGGGGUUUGUGCUGGAGAACUGACUUGAUAGCUGAAAUCUUUGUAUUCCAAUACUGGGGAAUUGAAAGGGGGGUGUUAAAUUUUGGUUUGGUUUUUAAGCCAAGCUGAACAUAUUAGCCUGUGAUUGUACAAAUGAGCCUAUAAUAAGCACACUUUGAUUUCCUACAAAAAUAUUGUGUCAGUUUCUGCAAACAGGUUUUUUUUCUGUUUCUGAAUAGGUUUUUUUUCUUUUUGUAGUAAAGAGGAACCACUAUUCUCAUUGAACAUUACUAUAAAUUGUUUCAAAUUGUACAUAGGCAGAAAUGAUAAUUUUUGCUCAGAAGCCAGCAAAAAUUCAGCUGGAGAAAAGGAUGCCCAGCACAUUCACAGCACAACAGAGCUAUUUAUUUACGUUUCUGUAAUCAUUCAGGUAUGUGCGAAUAACAAAAUUUGCCUCCAUAUUCAUGUUAAAUCUAGAAAUGCUCUUCUAUUUUUCAGCCAAAUGUUUAUUUUUUAAAGUCGUUAUUUACUGUGUUAGGCACCUUUAUAUCAGUUCUAAAUGGUACUGUGGCUUACUAGCCUUGUUUUUACGAGGUGUUUACAAAUUAUCAUUGAUAUUGCUAAAAUUUAUGUUAAAUAUAAGAUUUGCCAUGUAGUAUUCUAAACUUCUGGUGUUGCUAUAUUUUUCUUCCAACGUGGAACGUUUCCAAGUAUCAUAACAAUGUAGAAUUAGUUUUGACACAUCACUUUAGUGAGUCAUUUUUUAAAAGCACAUGUGGGUUUGGGGUUUGUCUUUGGAAUAGCUGUCUUUCCUAAAUGCUUCACAGAGAUAUAAUUUGGUGAAGCAGGAGUAGUGCACUUUUUCCUUCGUAAAGCCUUAUCCAUCUAUUUAAAUUUUGAUUCCGGUGCGCUCUGCAAAUUUUGUUUGCCCUUCAUCUUCAGUAUGCUAAUGGUACAUAGAGAGUGGAAAUCCAUUUUUAUUAUUAUAAUUAUUAUUCAGAGCUCUGGUAAUUUCUGGUGAUCAUGUGGAACACUGUGGAAGCAAGAGCUUUCUUAUUCACUUCCACCACUGGGUGAUAGGUUAUAUGGUGCAUCAUAUACAGAUCAUAUCCCAGUGUGCGUAGGUCCAUUUCUUGGACUGCCAAUUAUACAUUGGAUUUGCUGGAUUAGAUUGCCUGUCUGUGUAUCUUCACUGAUCAUUAAAAAUCACUUUACUUUGGCCAUUAAAUCUGCUACUUUCUGGAAAAAAACAUAAACAAAGAUAUUAGGUGGUAUGUAGCUUCUUUAAUUUUAUAGUAACACUGAAUGUUGUGGAUACAUUUCUUCAAUCCCAAUUUUCUUCCUUUGGGUAAUGUCCCACUUUUAAGCUGACAGUUUCUUUUUGUUAUGAUUAAGUGUGUAUGACUUAAUUUUUGCGGUAUUUGCAGUUUUACUUGUGGACUUAGAAUUCAACAUUCUGUUGAGAAACUUGCAAUAGAUUUUCAUACUGUUCAAACUAGGAGCUGUAAAAGGGGAACAGGACAGGAAACCAACAACAGCAGCUUGCUAGAGUCUGCAUUUGCAAUUACAACACAAUUGUUUCCACCCUAGUUUUGACAUAGAAAGCAAAACAGGAGUGGAAAAUAGCAGCAGGAGCACUGUCUUUGCAUAGCUACUCCUGAGUGCAGAAAGCAUGACCAACCAUCUUGUCUCUGAAAAAGUAGCAAAACCUGAUGGAGAAAUGCUCCUUGGAGAAAGUAUAAGAGGGAAACAAAUGCAGUGUACCUAUGUGAAAGUAAUGUUGAUCACUGUGAUCUGUAAAUAGACAUAAUGUAUUUAUUUAAUUUUUCUGUCACAGUCCUUCAUUGGUAUGAGCAGUUUUACCCUACCUGCAUUUUUAUUCUUCAGACACAAUCUACAAAAGUUAAACCAGGUCAGCCUCAUAAACUGCUUUUGAAUGAAGCUUUGUUAAUAAGUGUUUGCACCAGCUGCAAUGAUUUGUAGAUUACUCACAAGUAAAAAGGUGGGCACAGUUAUUCAGAGUUACAACACUCGUGUACUAUGGUCUUGUACCUUCUCAAAAGUAAUAAGAUGAGAGGUUAACCUGUAAUAGUAUGAUCAUGAGCCUGUUCCUAUCACCAGAUCUUACCAGAGGUGCACAUCCUGUGAGCAAAACACUUUUACCUUACAUGUUGACACUGGCUUAGUGCCACCACCCAGUGCCACAUCCAUUUGUGUAUUUUGCUCCUUCCCCAUUUCGAUCAUCUCAUGCACACCUCAGAGAAUAAACCUCUAGCUUGUAAAAGUCAAAGGUAUUUUUAUAUUAGAUUAUGCCAGUGAUGAGAACUGUAUUUUAUGUAAUUGAAAUAUGUUUUUUAUACUUUAUAACUCGGAGGCAUGGUCUAAUAGCAAUAAUAAAGUAAACAUUUUCUUUUGUUAAUAUAUAUUAGAUAUAAAAAAUUACCAGGUCAAGGUAUAUUUUUUGUUGUAGUUGAUACCUUUUUAUUGCAUUAUGACUUCAGGUGAAUAAUUUGAAUUUUUACAUGUCACUUUAAAUGGUUUACUGUGAUGUGCUGUACAUGUCCAUUAAUUUACAGAAGUUGUACCUUUAAAAAUAUUUCUGCUCAGUAAAAAUUAAGAACAGGAUUUGAGCUUUUUCCCUCUUUGUAAUUAUUCUUUAGCUAAGUAGCUUCAUGUCCGUCAAAGUUUUAAGUUUGGUCAGAGUAGGGGAAUGGGGGUCCUGAGCCUUCUCUGGAUCAAUCUUUCCAGUCAUGGUGCUUUUCUUCUCACAAGAUGCAAAUGCCGGGCUGAUCUCUCUCCAUCACCUUUGCCAUGAAUGGGUGAGGUGUUUUCAUCUGGUGAAGGCACUUCAUCUCUUCUUACAAAAUCAGUAGCACCAACCCACAACUGCAUUAAUUUUUUUUUUAAAACCCACAAAACUGUAGGGAGAGUCCCCUUGUGAAAUAUCUAGAUCAGACUAGUAUUACUGUGUAUGCCUUUAGCACUUUAGUCUGCAGGUGUUGGGUUUGCAUUAUUGGAUGCUCUUCCAUAUUAAAUAGACACUAGUUAGUCUAGUUUUCAGCCUAGUUUUCAUUGUUGUUGAUGCUCAGAUUUCUGUGUACAGCCCAGACACUGGAUAAUCACUUCAACUGAAAAUAUAGCUAGAGUCCUUUGCACUUACAGCUACCUGAGCUAACACAAUUCUUCCAUUGUGUUACGGUUUGUCCAGGUUUACUGAUUCACACUUGACAACAUAUAUCUCAGAUUAUCUGUGGUGGGGUCAAUUGAGAAUGAUGCCAGUGCAUUUAAUGAUGCAUGUGCAUUGCUUGUUCUGCCCCCAGUUUAAUAUCCACCCACCCCCAGUUUAGAAAGGACAGUGAGAAAUUAUUCUUUCCUUGUAGAGUCUCCCAUUUAAACGUAAGUAAAUCCUGCUAUUUAAUGGUACAUGUGCUCUUUAGAAUGAAUGCACUACCAUGUAUUUUCUUCAUUUGGGUACUGAUUGUCAGUUCAAUGUAUGAAUUGUUUUUCACUUACGAGUUGCACAAGAGUAUUUAUACAUAUGCCAAAGCUCUGUUUCAAUUGUUCUGUUUCUUUCCCAUGAAAAAAAAUCUAUAUUGUUUCGUUUUUAAAAUGUUUUCCUUAAAAGAUGUGUUCUCUUUUCUGCCUUUAAACUUUCAGUGCUUUGUUUCUUAUUCUCUCCACAGUUUUUCUUAAAUAAAAAUCUGUAGUACUGUUCUUACUUGGUUUCUCCAUUUAAGAAUACUUUCUAUUGCAGUGAUAAUAUAUGCCAGGGGUAGGCAACCUGCGGCCUGUGGGCCGGAUGCGGCCCGGCGAGGCCUUGGGACCGGCCCCAGCCCGGUCCUGCCGCCGAUUGCC